AUGGAGGCAGCAGUUGGAACCGAGGUGGGACCAUCGCAAACUGCAGCGAAAGAUGGUGCCAACAAUGGUUCCAGAAUUAACUCAUCAAUAAUGAUAAUGAAUCAGGAAAAGGAUUUGGAUGAAGAACGUGAAGAAUUUGAGAACGAAAGGGAUGCGCAACCCGCUAAAGCUCACAUAAGGAAAGGGAAAUUGAGGUGGAAGGAUGGGAAGAAGGAAAACCCAACACAAGAAGAUCCGGGAUCACCGCCGCCGGAUGCGAAAACAAUCGCAAUGGCCACUCACAUACUAGAACUCUGGAACAAACAUCGUUUACUUGAAAAAACACUGGACAUGAAUGAGACACUAAUGGUGUUCAAGUAUUUCAACACAAGAGAAAGAAAUUCUUGUCAAGGUGAUAAGGUUGCCACCCUAAAGCUUAUUGAAAAAGCUGUUAAAAAAUCGAUCUUCAACAAUAAGAAAAAUGCUGAAGCUUUGGGAUUCACGAUAACUGAUGAAGAACGCGUAUUUCUCAAGAACAAGGAUCGGGCUAAACGUAUUCUUCUCGAUAUUCUUUUGGCAAACCCCAAGUUGUUGCCUGAGUUAUGGUGUUCCGGCUCUGGAUCUUCACAAAUUGCGCUAGCAAGCGGUGAAAAAUGGGAAGUUCAGCAACAAAAGACUAAUAAAGAACGAAAUGAUGAUCAAUGCAAAAAGAAUUACGAGAAAAGAAAUAAGGGACCGUAUCGCGUUCAAGAUAACUGCGAAGAGGAAAGGAGAGCAGCCGCUGUAAGAUCAGACACAGAUAACGCUGUGAAAGUUCUGAAAAAGAAGACAGCACGAAAAAUACCUUCGAAGGAUGUUAAGAAGAAAAAGAAGGCAAAGAGAAGAAAACUAGUAGUUAAUGUUGUUGGAAUUGGAGGAACAAGUGUUGAAAAAAUGGGAUCAAGAACAGUUGCCACUCAAGAGGAUGAAGGACCUAUCAUACGACUUGAUUGCACAGCGAAUGAUGAAGAAGACGUAAAAGUUAACGUGUCGAAAGACCCGAAUUUCAAGAUGCAAAUUAAGACAUAG